AUGGACGACGAAGAAGAUUUCGGAAUGGCAAUGACCAUCGGCUCGGAAACCACGGAAGCGGAGAAGGAAUUUGGCCUUGUCCUGGAGCAGUUACGCGAGAUGGAUGGUAUGAAGUUCAUAAACGAUGUUUACACCAAACUCUAUGACACAUACUACAAGCUGAAAGAAGAGAAUGCGCAGCACUGCGAAAGGGAAGAGGGACUCAAGGCUAAGCUGGGUCGCUUUGAUGACACCGUAACAGAUUUCAUGGGUGAAAUAGCUGAAAACCACAAAGUGAUUGAAAAACUACGAACGGAAAUCAAGGAAGCCCAAGCUCUAGCAGACGCGAUGCACGCUCGAGAACUGACCAGCGUGGAGAGCCUUGAAACUAUGAAGAAGCAAAUCGUCAGGCUUGAGAAGGAACUGGAUGCUAGGAAACGAGCUGGUGAAGAAGAUGUCGGAGCUACAUCAGCAGCCAAAGAGAAGGAGAAGUUUGAAAAAGAAAAGUUACGUCUGCAAGGUGAGCUGGAUGCUGUUAAGCAGAGGCUAGCCAACUCCGUUCAGUAUGUGGAGGAACUGGAGGCGAAAAACAAUGACAAGGAACUCAAUAUAUCCAAGCUUGAGGAGCAGAUUGAGGAAGCUGAAAACAAUGCAGUUCGUCAAAAUCGUCUCGUGGACCACCUAAAGACUGAAACAUCAACCCUCAAGUUUGAAGUGGAUAACAGAGGCGGUAUCAUCGCCUCCCUCAAUGAUAAGAUAAAGAAAAUAAAUGAAAGCACUCGUAAACUAGCGAAAGCAGAGAAAUCAAUAGAACGUCGAGAUCGCCAGCUGAGCAGCCUCACAACGAAACUGGAAGCAGCACAUAGCGAGCAAGAAGCAGCUACGACCAGAAGUGCCCAGCUGAGGGAACAACUGGAAACUAUGAACGCAGACUUAGACAGGGCCAGGACAGAACUCUCAAAUACUUCGAAGGAACUUAAGAAUGCAAUCGACGACAACAACAAAAUACGUAACGAAGCGGCGAAGCUUUCGAAGCAGUUAUUACAGCAAUCCAAGAGGUACCAGCUGCUGGAACAUAACAAAGUUGGCGUCGAAACUGAUCGUGAGCGUCUUCGGCAACAAGUGUCGGUGAUGGAGCGCGAUCUGAUGAUCAACAAGAAGCAAGCUGAGUCCGACAGGAGAGAUAUCGAGAAUUUGAAACGGGAGAAAGACAUUCUCAACAAGAACAUUCAGAAGAUACAGAAUGAAGCAUUAGAAAACCUGAAUAUGCUGGACCUACAAGAACAGAGACGCAAGCAGUUGGAGCACGAGCUGGACGUUAACACUGCGCAGAUACAAAAGCAGCGACUCAUGAUACGCACCUUCGAGAAGGACAAAGAUAGGAUGUUGGAGGAGACGAUUGCUCUUAACGAGAAAAUUGAUGAAAUAACAGAGGAAGUACGCCUCCGUACGGCUGAUAUCUUGGAUCUGAAGAAGGCACUUCGCGAGGAAACCAUAAAAUCUCGCAAACUGUCCGUCGCACUAGACGCUACUAGAGCUGAAAGAAAUAUGCUGCACAAGAACUAUACUGAAGCCCUAGAUGAGAUACAGGACUUGAAACAGAAAAUGAAGAUGCUAGCAUACCAAAUAGAACAGCUGAAAGAAGAUAUAAGUGGCAAAGAAUCUGGUCUGAAGUCAUGCGAAGGUUUCCUCGGGAAAUGUAACAAGAAGAAUGAGCAGUUGAGAAUGGAGAUACAGAAUGGACUCGCAAAAUUGUCUGAAGCGAGAGCUGAUAUUGCCGCCUUGAGGCAGGAGGAGGCCAGGCUUAAUAGGAUCGUGCAGGAAGGUGAUACAGCUCGAGCUAAGCUCAUCAAGGAGUUGGAAGGUCUGAUGAACGAGCGUGAUGUGGUCGGCGCUCAACUUGUGAGGAGGAACGAUGAGAUCUCGUUGCUUUAUGAAAAGAUACGGAUACUUGAAAUCACACUACAAAGAGGUGAGCGUCAAUACGAGCAGCGUGUGGAAGAUAUCAGACUACUCCGACUGGAGAUCAUACGACUACGCAAGGAGAAAAACUUGCUGUCCAAGGGAAUUGAGAAUAUGACCGAUUUGAGGCUCGAGGUAUUCAACCUGGAACGUGAGUUAGGUAGGGAGCGUCUCCGAGUGCGAGCGUUAGAGGAAGCGCUGGAGACUCCACUGAACGUGCACCGGUGGCGCAAGCUGCAGGGCACCGACCCGGAGAGCGUGCGACUCACACAGAAACUCCGGUUGACGCAGAAGAAAGUGCUAGCUCAAAGCGAAAUGCUUGUGUUGAAAGACCGGGAGCUGAAGGAAACUCGGAACCUGUAUGCUGCGGUCAAAGACAUGCUGGCGUUGCAGCCUAGUCCAGAGAUACAGGUAACAUUGAAUCGUACACAACGGGCUCUCACAAAUAGGACCACGAAAAUGAAGUGUUUAAUCGCAGAGCUAAGCAUGCGUGAGCGUCAAGUAAGCGAUCAACGCUUAGAACUGGAUCGUGUCAAUAGCGAACUGCACUCCUUUAAACAGAAAUAUUUUGAAAUGAAGAGGGCGUUAGACGCUGACGAAGCGAGAAGAUUGAAGGUCGCAACACCACCGUCGGCAAUAAGACCAACACCAGCUGUGGUUCCUUAG